CUCCAGCUGAGACUUUUCUAACCUUUACCCGGCGCCAGCCGAGGACGCAUGCGCUGUAUGCCUAACUGAGCCCUAUUUCAAAACUCCGGCACGGGCCAGCUCCGCAUGCGCAGUGCGCUCACCUGAGACUUUUCUUGCUUCUCCUUCCUGCCUAGACAAGCUGGGGAGUUUUUUCACUUUACUCCUGAGUUGGAUGGUCGGGGGUUGUUCACGUUACUUCCGGCAUGUGCCGCCCACCCCCUAUGGUGUGAGUGUGACUGGAACAGGAUGAUAACUACAGUCACGUAAGAAGAGGAUUGCUGGACAAUGGCUGUUUUUGAUACCCCACAAGAAGCGUUCGGGAUCUUGCGCCCAGUUUGUGUACAGCUAACAAAGGUGCAGACUACUGAGAAUGUGGAAUGCUUGCAGGCUCAGCUGCAGACAGUCAGUGACUCUGCCCUGCAGGAACUGCAGGAGUAUGUCCUUUUCCCAUUGAGGUUCACCCUGAAGACCCCAGGACCCAAACGAGAGAGACUUGUCCAGAGUGUGGUGCAGUGCAUCACGUCCAUUCUUUCAACAACGUGUGUGAAGAAGCAGGACCUCCUUCAGGAGCUUUUUUCUGAGCUCUGCCUGUGUCUAUCUUCUCCAUCUGGUUUGCAGCCACCAGCCCCGCUAUCAGAGGAAUUAAAACUGACUGUAAUCCAAGCACUCCAGGUCCUGAUGCAUUCAGCUUAUGGGGACAUUAUCCUUACUUUGUAUCAACCUUCUACCCUUCCUCACUUAGGAUUUGCUGUAUCUUUGCUUUUGGCCUUAGCAGAACAAGAAAAAGCAAAGCAAAUUAAGCUGGCUGCCUUAAAGUGUUUACAGGUCCUAAUUCUGCAGUGUGACUGCCAGGAGCAUCAUAGACUCCUAGACACAGUUGAAACAAGACAAUGUGGGAAUUUGUUUGCUUCUUUUCUACCUGGGAUCUCUACUGCCCUGUCCCGGGUUAUUACUGGAGACAUCAAACAAGGUCAUAUGGUCACUGUUUCUGCCAUCAGGCUCUUUUAUCAAACUGUCUGCUUGGUGAUGGCAGAUGAACAACUAGCCACAAUCACACAGGAUGAAGAGAAGCCUUCAGUGGAACAAAGCAGAGUAUCUGAGCUGGUGGUCCAUAGAGGACCGGACUGGGUAAAAAGCACUGCAGACAAAUUGUCUCUCCUUAUCCACAAGAUAGUUGAAUUUGCUUCUCUUCACCCUCACUGGAAGGUCAGGAUGGAAUUGGUGGAGCUGGUCCAUCACCUUAUGUUGAAGUGCAGUCAGUCACUGGUAGAAUCAGUUGGUCACCUGUUAAAAGCCUUGGUUGGGCUUGUUAAUGAUGAAAGCAAUGAGGUCCAAAGCAAGUGUCAUGAGAUUCUCAGGAGCAUUGCGGAGCUGAGAACAGUAGCUGAGAACAGGGCUCUUGCUGAUAUUCUGUCAGAGAAUCUGCAUUCCCUGGCCACAGCCCUUCCACGUCUGAUGAAUUCCCAGGAUGAUCAAGGCAAGUUCUCUACCUUGAGCUUAUUACUCGGCUCCCUGAAGUUGCUGGGCCCCAAGGUGAACAUUGUGCUCAACUCUGCUGCCCACCUCCAGCGUCUCUCCAAAGCUCUGAUGCAAGUUCUGGAGCUGGAUGUGGCUGAUGUGAAGAUUGUUGAAGAAAGACGUUGGGGCCCUGAAGACUCUCUAGGUGAGCCCUCGGGUUCCUUGCAGCAUGGCAAAGGUCAGAAGAAAUACUUCCGGUUCUUCUUUGAUGAGCGGAUUUUCUUGCUCAUUCAGCAGGUUUGCCGAGUACUUGGCUACUACGGAAACCUCUACUUGCUAGUGGAUCAUUUCAUGGGGCUAUACAACGAAUCUGUGGUGUAUCGGAAGCAGGCUGCCAUGGUCCUCAAUGAGUUGAUCACAGGAGCUGCUGGACUGGGGGUUGAUGUUCUUCACGAAAGGGAAACUGCAGUGAGCACGGAAGACCUUAAAGGGACCAUAACAUCCAUCCUCGAAGAAUAUACUGACCAGGCAAACUGGUAUCUGACCACCAGCAUUGACACUGAGGGAACCAGCGAUGAGUUAACUGUGAAACAUUCAGGAGUAUGUGCUAUCCCAAGAGGUGCACACAGCAGUUCUUUGAUUUCAUCCUCCUCCCCUUCUUCAGACCCAAGCCCAACCAUCCGCUCCAUGAACAGCAAUAUCUGGCAGAUCUGCAUCCAGCUGGAGGGGGUUGGCUGCUUUGCGUAUGUGCUGGGGAAAGAGUUCCGCUUGCUUCUAGCAUCAGUCCUCUACCCUGUGCUUGAAAAGGCCGGGGACAGUAGUCUGCUCAUUAGUCAGACGGCGACUGGAACCAUGGUGGAUGUCUGCCAUGCCUGUGGCUAUGACUCUGUGCAAAAUCUGAUAAAUGGUAACUCGGACUAUCUGGUGAAUGGGAUUUCCCUAAACCUGCGUCGGGUGGCACAUCAGCCUCACGCCUCGCAGGUCCUGGAGGCCAUGCUCAGGCAUUCGGAUGCCAGCUUGCUCCCACUGGUGGAGGAUGUGAUCCGAGAUGUCCUGUCUGCCCUUGAUCAGUUUUAUGACGACCGAGCUUCCUCUUUCCUUGGGGUCCUGUCCACAUUAGUGGCAGCUUUAGUGCAGUGGUUCGUGGUGGGGAAGGGGAAGGAGCACCCACAAGAGCAGAAUCUAGAGCAGCAGAGCAGCACUUCAUCCCAGAAGCAGGGGGAAGGGUCUGUAAUUACCCCCAUGGUGCAAGAAGUGGAACAGUUCUUCCUGGACUACAUCAAACAGAGGCAGAUUGCAGAGGGCAACCUUCCAGCCACGGAGGAGGAGGAAGAGGAGGUGCAGGCCCCCCCUCCUGAGCCCGAGAUGAACGACAGCGGUGCGGCGGGAGAGACUCCAUUGCCAGCCCAUGCCCAGAUAGCAAAGGAUGUGAUGGAGAGAUGUAUCCAUUUACUGUCUGACAAGAGUCUGCGGGUGCGGCUGAAGGUCCUGGACGUGCUGGAGUUCUGCGUGAUUGUGCUGCAUCUUCAUGAAAACCAUCUGCUUCCCAUGGCUCAUCGCGCCUGGCCGGCUCUCGUCACCCGGCUGAUUAACGACGACCCGCUGGCGGUGCUCAGAGCCUUCAAGGUGCUCUGUACCCUGGCUGAGAAGUGUGGCGAUUUCCUGAAGCGACGAUUCUCCAAAGACGUCCUGCCCAAGCUGGCCGGUUCCCUUGUCGCCCAGGCUCCAGUCAGUGCCAGAGCCGGACCCGUGUACAGCCAUACUCUUGCCUUCAAGUUACAGCUGGCCGUGCUGCAGGGGCUGGGUUUGCUGUGUGAAAAGCUGGACUUGGGCGAGAGUGACCUGAAUAAAGUAGCGGAUGCCUGUCUGAUUUACCUCAGUGCCAAACAACCUGUGAAACUGCAAGAGGCCGCCCGGAGCGUUUUCCUCCAUUUGAUGUGUGUGGACCCUGACGCCACCUGGCUCUUUCUGAACAAGAUCUGCUGCCCCCUCCCGUAUGAGCCCCCCCAUCCCAGCCUCCAGCCGGUGAAGCUAGGCGGGAUGGGGAGGCAACGGACCGAAUUCACCGACAACGUGCUGGGCCUGCUGGGUGAGCUGCAGCGACAGGAGACAGCAGCGUUUCAAGCCGGGCCCCAAGAGGCACCUGAGCCGCAACCCCCCUCGCUGACCGAGGCACUGGGCUAGCAGCGGCGGGAAGCAAGAAACGGCUGGUGUAAAUGCAAUGCUGUCUAGGAACGUCCUCAGACUGAAUCGCGGCGGAGGAAGAUGAGAGCUGCUCCUGGACUGAGACCUGGCUCCCUGAGGGCAGAGUUUACAAAGGCAUUUGAGGGCGAGUUAGGUGUAGCACAUGGCCGGGCCUGCACUCCCCUGCUCACGUGGGGCUGAAGGGGCACGUGCAUCUCAGGCUCUUUUGUGGCUAAAAAAGGAGAUUGUCAAGACGCUCCCGUCCCUAUUAUCAAAACGCUGGGCUGCUGCCUGGGGUCCCUGGCAGAACGCCCCUGCCAGUGCUGCCCCAGGCCAAGAAUGCAGCUGCAUCACCCCCCUGCUUCCAACUGCUUCCCUCCCCCCACCGUACACUCACAUCCCCUUCUUCACUGAUUAUAAAUGAUGGCCUGAAAACGUGAAUUGAAAUUUCUUCCCCUCGCUGACCACAACUUCUCCAAUAUGGCAGAAACUCUCUUCGGGGUUAGAACUCUGUCUCUAGCAGUGCUUCGUAUUAAAGAAACAAUGUAAACAAAAA